AUGGAUAAAUGUGAUAUUAUUCUGGAAAAAUAUUCGGGAAAACUGAAAAGAAUCAACGAGCUGCAUCCUUGCUAUCUGCCUCUUCAGUAUCCAUUGAUAUUCCCAUAUGGAGAAGAUGGAUUUCGAUUAGGGAUUCAAAAUGGUUUCACCGGUAACGGCAAAAGGAAAAAGCAUAAUAUCAGUAUGAGGGAAUUUUUCGCAUACAGGAUUCAAAUCCGGAAUUCUGGUUCGCAAGUCCUUCUUCUAUCCAGACAUUUGUUGCAGCAGUUUUUGGUAGAUGCUUAUACAAUGAUCGAGACACACCGUCUACGGUACAUUAGGAAAAAUCAGGCUAAUCUACGGACACUGAAGUUCAGUAAGUUUGUUGCUGCUGCGAACGACGGUAAUACAACUUUGCCUAUUGAGGGUAACCGAAUUAUCAUUCCCUCAUCCUUCACAGGCGGUCCAAGAUAUAUGCAUCAGAUGUAUUUGGAUGCUCUGACUAUCUGCAAAUACUUUGGGUUUCCAGAUCUCUUCAUAACUUUCACAUGUAAUCCUAAAUGGCCUGAGCUGUCUAGGUAUUUUCGGAAAUACAAUCUCAGGUCCGAGGACAGACCUGAACUGUGUUGUAGAUUGUUCAAAGUAAAGCUGGAUUGCUUGAUGGAGGAUCUAACCAAAAAACAUUUGCUUGGCAAGACAGUGUCAGCACUUUAUACUAUCGAGUUCCAGAAGCGUGGGCUCCCACAUGCUCAUAUUCUUUUGUUCAUGGAUUCAAAAGACAAAUUUCCUAAUGCCGAGGAUAUCGACCGCAUUAUUUCAGCCGAAAUUCCUGAAAAAACCCAAGAACCCAAACUGUAUGAGGUUGUAAAGGACAUGAUGAUUCAUGGACCAUGUGGUGUUGUCAACAAAAAAUCUCCGUGCAUGCAAGAUGGGAAGUGUAGCAAAUUUUUCCCCAGAAAACAUGUUGAGAAAACUACUGUGGAUGGUCAAGGUUACCCUGUUUACAGGAGAAGAGAAGAUGGGGCUUUUGUUGAGAAGAAAGGAAUUCAGUUAGACAAUCGGUUUGUUGUGCCUUACAACAAGAGUUUACUACUUCGGUAUAAUGCUCAUAUUAAUGUGGAAUGGUGCAAUCAGACCCGGUCAAUUAAGUACUUAUUUAAGUAUAUCAACAAAGGUAAUGACCGUAUUACAGCAACAGUUACUCAAAAGUCGAGCACGACCGAGGCUACUGGAGCUGAGACACGUGAAAUAAAUAACCCAAGAGGAGAAGGUGAAACUACUAUGGAUGAAGGUGCUGAAGCCGUAGUUGAUGAAAUAAAAAAUUAUUUUGAAGCGAGGUUAGCAAAACUAUUAUGUAUUAUUACUUUUUGUUUGUUUUUCCUCAUAUAUGAAUGUGGCAUCGAUUCAACUAUGAAUUAUAAAUAUUUUAGGUACAUCUCUGCUUGUGAGUCGUCUUGGAGGAUCCUUGCCUUUCCCACCCAUUACCGAUCUACACCUGUAGAAAAUCUUACAUUCCAUCUAGAAGGAGAGCAACCUGUUAUUUACAAGGAAGGAGAUUCUGUGGAAAGUGUUUUGGCUCGUGUGCAGAAUUCAAAGACAAUGUUUUUAGCUUGGUUUUAUUGUUGUGAGCGAUACCCUGAAGCAAGAGAUUUGACCUAUGCAGAACUUCCGACAAGAUUCGUAUAUGAUGGAAAACAAAAAGAAUGGAAUCCAAGGAAGAAAGGUUUUGCAAUUGGGAGAUUAGCUCCAGUUUCCCCAAGUUCUGGUCAGAAAUAUUUUCUGAGGGUUUUGUUGAACAAGGUUAGAGGUCCACGGUGUUAUGAUGAUAUAAAAACAGUAGAAGGGAUAGUUCACCCAAGCUACGAGGAUGCAUGUUACAAGCUGGGUUUGUUGGACGAUGAUAAAGAAUAUAUUGAAGGACUGAAAGAAUGUUCUUUUUGGGCGUCCAGUGAUUAUGUCCGCAAACUGUUUGGGAACAUGUUGUUAUCCGGUUGUUUAUCUACGCCUAAGUUGGUCUGGGAAGCAACCACUGACAUCCUAUCUGAAGAUAUUCUCUACAUUGAGCGUAAGAAGCGUCAUAACCCAGGUAAGAAAUUGCAUUUAAUCGAACUUAUAUUUAAUUUUAUGGAUUACUUGAAAUCCUAAUAAAAAGGAAUUUUUUUUUAG